AUGACAGGAACUAGAGCAAUAAGAAAGUGCGCAUUUAUCAACAGACCAAUUGCACCACAUGACAAAUCAAGUGUAGUAUACACAGUAGGAGUGCUUGAUGAGAAUGGCAGGUACACAGGAAGAGACACAAUUUUAUCUGUCUGUGGCCAGAUCAGAAAGAGUGGCAAUGCAGAUAAGUUAUUAUAUGCAAAGGCAGAUGAGUUAAUUCAAUAA